AGAAGAUACUUCCCUAGUUACAUGCAACCGUAAUCCUCGUUUCCGAGUGGCAGGGACUGUGCUGGCUAAGGCGGUGCAGCUCUCAUCCUACUUCCUUGUCCACAUACACUACACACACUACACUACACUUUACUUUGUACUUUUCCACAUGGGUAAUCUCUUGUACCCUUUUCGAACUUGCUUAGCUUUCCCGAGUUGAAUAACCUUAGAAGACCUUUUCUCAUAUUUAGAAAGCCGUAAACCCGGAGAAGGUCUGAUUCAUGCACAUUCGAUGCUUUCCCGUGUACAUGUAAUAUCAUUAUGCACAUUGUUAGAAUUUACUUGUCCUCCUAAACAUACCCAACCCGAUCUCUCUAACCCCCCUGCCUCUUUCCUAAGCCCAGCAUCCAAUAUCUCGUGCCUGGCGCCCUUUGAAUUCUUCUUCUCACACACCUAGUAUAGACAACCUUUCCCGUUUUUGCUCUUUCUUCAACUACGAAGUUGUUUCCUCUGUGGAAGAUUCUUGAAUGCUUGUUGGAGUUUGCUACGAAUACCCGAUACACUUUUGGCAUGAGCGAGAGCAUAGCAGGAUAUCACUUUCAUUCUUCUAUCUGACCUAAGUAAUCAAGAUGGUGUUUUGUGCGUACUGCGGGAAGAGCUUCACACGAAAGGAGCAUCUAGAGAGACACAUACCGAGCCAUACAAAUGUAAAACCGCACCGAUGUAGUGCUUGUCAACUCUCCUUUGCUCGAAGGGACUUACUUCAGAGACAUCAUUCCACAUACCAUGAGGCGAGAGAUCCUAUGGAGCCUCUUCCCGGCGGUGUCCCUACAGUAGCGGGGCGGACGCCGAUUGCGUGCCUCAACUGCGCACAGGCUAAGACGGGAUGUGAUAAGAGAGUACCAUGCGCAAGGUGCGCGGACAAGAACCUCGAAUGUCAAGCGCGGUUUGCGCGGCGCUCAUCAAAAGCUGCUAUGCGAGCCGCACAAGCAACUGCUGCCAUGAACAGCAACCACAACCACAGUCACAGCCAUAGCCAUAUCACCUUACCACCUCAGCCUUCAACUCAACCUCAACCCUCGCCGCCCACAUCAGCAACAACGGUCAAUCCCGCAUUCAUGGACAUAGAUCAGGGCACGCCCAAGCAGGAUCCACCGAUAAAGGCAUCAAUGUCACCCGAAAACAGCAACCUUAUGACGAUUGACCCACGAAUACAGCAACACGAAAGCCCGAUCAAGAAGAAUUCGCCGGCGAAUUCUCAUACGAGUAACGACGAUUUCCCAUCUCCGCAUCCUAGAGUAGAGGGCCUUGACGACUUUCUCCAGUUAAGUAACGAAUUCAUGCCGCAGGAAUCAAACUACCAGGAUAUGCUUGUGUGGUCAGAGUAUCCGCUGGAUCUUGACAACAUCUACACUAGCAACAUGCCUCUUACUCAAACCGACGUCCCCAUGCCUACCUUCGCGGAACUUAGUGACAUAUCAUCUAAUUCGGAACAUAUGAGCUCUUCACGGGGAUCUAUCCAUACGAGAAGCACCAGCAUCAUGUCUACGGCGGAUUUCGAACCAGUUCCGAAAGCAGUUGAUAUGAGCUUAAACACACCUACUGACACUAUGAUACCUGAGUUCGAGGUUGUCAUUGCGGCCGAGGCUGCAUGGCCCUUGGCUCGAUGUAACCCUCCCAUAUUUUCAGGCGCAUGUCCGAGAACAGCAAUCGUUCACUUAGAGUGCUUGGAGCAGAAGUCGAGACACGAAGGUACUUGGAACGCCCUGGAACAACAUCUGGAACAGGUCGACUGGGACGCCGCCGACUUGGCUUCGGUCAUACCUAUGACGUCCCGUACUCGCGACAAGAUGCUCGCGAUAACGCAAACCUUUCUCCACAAAGCCCUCGAGAUCCACCGUGGGGGCGUAAAUACGCAGAACAAGGCAUUCGCAAGCCCCAGGCUGCUCAGUUUCCUGGUCCUCCCGCCUUCGAAGAUACUGGAAUACUUCUUACGUAGCUACGUUCGAAAUCUUUCAUUUUUUUACUCGCUAGUUUCGACCGGCUGUGUGGACCCCAACGAGAUGCUCCAAAACAACCAGGCGGCCGCACUCCUUGUCUUGCUCAUGAUUGCUCAAGGCGCGUCGGCAGUCCCUACGGCUGAAGCAAGGGCUCUCUCAGCCGGCCUGAUUGAGACCUGCCGCAUAUCGCUAUUCGACAUCAUCGAAAAAGACAUUGAGAUGUGUGCUGACCCCACCGCCCUUCGAUGUGCCCUACUCUUCACGCUACUGGGUGCUUGGAGCGGUGACAAGUGGCUCAUGGAUAUCGCUAUGGGACAACGUGGAAUGUACCUAUCGAUGCUAAAACAUGCGGGAAUGUUUGAGUCCCAACCGUCUAUGAUCCCAUCUUUCAACAGCUCGACCAAUGCAGAACUCCAGUGGCGUUCUUGGCUGCACCGGGAAUCUCAAAAUAGGCUAGUGUACAACUUCGUCAUGGUCGAUCAGGAACUGAGCUUGUUCCACGAUACGGCCCCUAUGCUGUCCACCAGCGAGCUCUGCGCCCCCUUGCCGGGUCCCGAGCUGCUGUGGAUGUCGGCUAACGCAGAUCAAUGGGUCGCCGCCGUGCAGUCCAUCUACGGAUGCACGGCCAACGUGAACCCGCAGCUGCUCACGACCCCCUCCCUCACGCCGUCGCUCUACGACCUGUUCCAGGACCUGCUCAACGACAACCUGUCGCGGCGGCAGGGCAGCCUGACGCCGCACCAGAUGCGGCUGCUCCUGCACCCGCUGCAGUCGUGCCUCUACCACAUCACGCAGAUGCUCUCCUGCUUCCCCGACGUCAUGAGCGCCCGCCGCCUCGGCAACGGCACCCACAUCAAGAACUCGUUCGAGUCGCGCCUCAACGAGAUCCAGGGCCUGCUGCAGAAGUGGUACGAGCUCACCAUCACCCACCACAAGUCGCACCCGGCCUGCGCCAUCACCAAGACCAACCUCGUCCUCUACCACCUCAUCUCCCUCAACGCCGUCACCAACUUCCCCGAGAUCGAGCGCCUCGCCCGCCGCGACGACUUCGACGGCUCCUACUGGGAGCUGUCGCUGCGCCACAAGCGCUGCGUCUACCAGCGCGAGGAGGCCAUCUUCCAUUGUGGCCAGGUGUACCGGCUCUUGCGCUCGAUGCCAAGAGACAGGAGGCCCAGCUGGUGGGGCGCCGCCGUCUACCGCGCCGCGCUUAUCCUUUGGACCGACAGCGUCUCCCGCUUAGACCCUAACUUCCAGAAGCGGGACGAGUCGGGCCCGCCCGUCGCCGUCGACCAGGUCACGCCCGAGGACCCGGCCGUCAUCGCGUACCUGUGGAGCGGCGACGGCGUGCCGGUCCUGUCUGUCGGUGCAGGUGCGGGUGUAGGUGCGGGCGCGGGAGCGGGCCUGAGCUUGGAGAAGCCAGCCGAUGUGCUCGAGUACGCGGUCAAGACGCUCGAGGAUGGCGUCAGCUCGCGCCUGAGCGAUGGCAUCCGCCGCAAGCUCGUCGCCCUCGGGAGUAACUGGCGGACCGACGGUUUGCCUAGCGCCGCGGCUAGCGUGCAGGCCAGCACCGCGAGCCUGUGCUAAGCACCUUAAAAGCGGGUGGAAGCUUCAAAUGGAUGGGUUUAAACCCGGGACCUAGCCCUAUCAUACCUAUCAUAUCAUCGGCGACCUGCAUAGGUACCGGUACCUACCUACUUAGGUAUCUACCUUUACCAGGAUACGUACUUACUGGAGAGGUAGUCAUGGACGACUUAUCACAUAUCACAUCAUUCGCAUUGUUGCCAUUUGAAAAAAAAGUUCCUUCGAUGAUAUAACGUCUCUAAUAUUCUUCCUCCUUUUUUUUUUCUCUUUACUACCAUAGCGGCAAAAUGUGAAAGCCAAGAAUGAUUUUCGCGCUAAAAUAUUUUUAAAGUUUUAAAUUAUUAUUACCCCGCCAUGUACUACCCCACAUUAUUUCAGUGCAAAGGUACAUAUACGUACAAUAAUCAUUUUAAAUAUUAAUAAUCAUUUGAAGCUUAUGAAUCAUUUUAUCUUUUUUUUAGAAAAGUCCGCCGAAAAAAUAUUCAUUUCCAAGAUUCCCCCCAUAAGUGUAUAAACGCUAGCGUCUUUUAUUUCUUAUACCACAUAUAUGCACAUAAUGCAACCAUGGUUCAACACAAGUAUCGCAACAAAACCAUUAUGAUCCCGGCCUUCAACCACAUGUUAGUAAUAAAAUAUUAAAGCUGAUGUACCAUUUACAAGA